AUGGUAACUAAAAACUCCGUUUCGCGAAAAAAUAAUCGGUUGCGAUCUAACCUCCAAAGGUGCAGUUGAACGGUUUAUUGCGUCUGAAUUUGUUAAACGAUUUUGUAUAAAAUAUUCGCAACCACUCAGGUGAAAGUUUAAUACUCAUUUCAAAGAAACCUUGGAGAUCGGUUUCCCAAAAUGUCGUGCAAUAAUUGUCAAGCGAAAUUUUCGUUUUUCACGAAAGAGGUUGGUUGUGCAAAAUGCGGAUUUUCCUACUGUACCAAGUGUUUGAAAUACAAAGUUCAACUGCCUGUUGUUGGAGAGAAAAAAAUUUGUGGGCGUUGCUACAAUAAAAUGCAAACAGUAGCCAAACCUGUAACAGCAACGGAAGAUUUUUCCAUUCCUGAUGGGCUUGACGAACCCCUGGCUCCUAUAGAUAUCACCAAAAAAAUGGAGUCCUUGGAAAAUCCUGCAAGACCUCCGAUCACAAUGUACAGACAAGGUAGUAAACUGGAUAGAUUGCAAGUUGGCCUUGAUCCGAUUGAUCAAGAAAUAGUCAAUAGAUUGAAAAAAUUAAAGGAUGAAGAUAAACAACUGCCACCUCCAACUGAAGACGAAAUUAGAAGACGCUUAGCUCUGCUACAAGAUCAAGAUCCUGACUUUGAAAAUCAACCAGUAAAUAUACACCAAGUUGAUACAAGAACCGAUCAGGAAAAAACUGAUGAUUUGAUCAAAGAAUAUUUGGAAAUACUGGAAAUCAGUAAAGCUUCUGGUGAAAUUGACACUGACAUCCAGGCUAGAUUAGACAAUCUGAGAGGAAUUGAUUCAUCCAAGCAUAAGAACGACAUAACAGAUUUUGAAGAAGAUGAUGAUGAGACAGCAACAAUGAAAGUAAUCCAAAAAGCCUUAGCAGAAGCUACUUUGGAGGCGAAAUAUGGUGAUGUUGAUGAACUAGUAGAUAUAGAAACUGAACAAGGGGCACAAUGUAGUAAAAACACCCAUCACGAUGAUUAUGUGGAUACGUGUGUAUUGUGUGACCAAACGGCCAACUUGGUCAUGUGCAAAGGUUGUACAGGUGACCUCUACUGCCCAGUUUGCUUCGAGGAUAAUCACGACGACUUCGAGAUGCACAAGCAUACGACUGUGCCUUUUAAGCCGCGAAAAUAUAGCGAUUAAAUUUUCGUUUGAAACUCAGGACAAGUGAAUAGCGUUUAAAUUUUUUUUUAAUUUUUGCAUGCAUACACAUACGGGCAACUUUGUAACAUUGGAAUCGUCAAUGUUAUAUAAUACUUAAGGUUCGAUCGCUUAAUUUAUUCUCAAAGAAAAUAUUAACUACUUCAGUGAUACGCAAAGUCAAUAUAACAAUGACGUAGACAAUAGAUUCAAUUUUAAAAGCCUUGACAAAUAUUCGUGUUUAGUAUAUUACACAGAAUGCAGUUUACAUUAAGCUUCCACGCAUAUUGAACACGAUAUGACUUAGAUUGAAAACAAUUUUAUAAAUUUUUUAACUUUCAAUGAAAAUGUUCAAAGCUCUAUUGACAUGAUGUUACUUAUUGAAAUAAUCAUAUGUUUUGGGGAUAAAAUGUCAACAAAAAUUCAUAGUUGCUAUAUUUUGUACACACAAAUUUAUUGAUAUCAAAAAUCAGCUAAAUAAUACGCGAUUUAUGUUUGAUAUCAAUGCUUUAGUCAUUCCAACGUGAUUUGUCGAAUUGAAAUAAUUUAACUUAUUUAGCUGAACUCUAGUAUGUAUGUUUCUGUAAAAUAUGACGAUGUCUUUUUUUUAUUGAUUGUACGAAAAAAAGCUUUAUACGUUUGUAUGAUAUUGCACAGUAGGUGCGAUCUGUGAUAAUCAAGUAUUUUUGUAAUUACAUAAUGGAAAAGCGUUCAUAACUAUGUACUGAAGAUUCAAUGCACUAUAACACAUUUAUUUUUCAAGAGACUACAAAAUGACGUUUAAAUUACGACGUGCCUGAACAAUAUUGCAUAUUAGCUUUGUAGAUUUCGAAAAAAAUACUUGAAAAAUUUGGGACCUCAUUGUCAUUUUAUUAAGAACAUUGUAUGGCGUGCGUGUCUUCAGAUGCAAUGAAAAUCAUAGCUGUAAUGAUUUUGAUAUUACCAUGCUGUAUUAGACAUUCAAAUGUGACGCUUGGAUCAAAUUAAUGUAGAAAGAGGGUAUUUUAAUGUAAUUGAGAGAUUAGGUUUUGUAUGUUAGUAUGUAGUUCUGUCAUCAGCUUUAAAUUCUUUAAAUACUAGAUUUAGCGCUUUUAACCAUUGUAUAUUUAUGAAUUUAAUUUCUAUUUUAAUCCUGUUUUAAUAUAUAAUAAAUUAAUUUUGUUUCCAAAAA